UGUUCACGGCUCGUAGUUGACGUCGGCUGUGAUAGAAUCCACCGAAAAAAUUAUCUUAAGCAAUAGAUUUGUGUACAAACUAUUUUGGAAGUAAGCUCUGAACCAAUAAAGUAAUUUUCACUAUCCAAGAUUGUCAUAAAGGUAACUGAGAGCAAAUUAAAUUCUUCUUUUCCCUUAGCAAUAAAUAACUAAACAGGUAUAAUAAUAAACACAGUUCGCCCAGGAUACCUCUGUUGAUAAAAAGAGAGCGUAAUAAAUUCGAGUUGUUAUAUAUUUGGUUGUUCUCACGAAUUGUUGUUUAUGUUGGUGGUUUCCGUGGUGGAAAGUGUUCAAACGAGCACCCUGUAUGAUCUAACCACCAUCAUUUUGAAAUUAUAUCAUCUACGUCAAACGGCAAGGUGACACAGAAAUUAAUAUUAAAGAUCGACUCAGUUAAAGUUAUGCCCUUGCAUAAUCUGUUGAAAUAGCAUCGGUAAUAUUUAAAUCAGCUAACUUUCUUAUUUCCCGUACCACUAAAUAACCUUAGAGAUAUGCGAAAUGCAUGCAAUUUCUGAAUAACAAUUGCACUCGAUGCUAGAAAAGAUUUUCGCUGGAGGUCAACAGGUACUGUUACUUUAUCUCGGCGAUUAAAUGUUUAAAAAAUCGGGUGGUCCGUGACUUUCUGCUCAACGCACGCUUUACUCUUGUUGAAUCAGUGGCAAAAUGAACGCGAUAGUCAAGGACCGAGAUGAGAGGCUUAAGAUGGCACUUAGGUCUCAAGAAAAGACACUGGAGCAGCUGCAAGUAGAUGUGAACAUAAUUAAGGAAUGGUUGAAGAAUCAGAAACAUCUGCCAGAAAUGCCACACGAUCAUAUGAUACAAAACUUCCUGCUUCUGAACAAAUUCAGCAUUGAAGCAACCAAGCAAAAGUUAGACAUGUAUUAUACAUUAAGAGGUGUUUUGCCUGAGGUGUUUGAAAAUAAGCAUCCCAAUUUACCUCAUAUGCAACAGAAUAUGAAGGCAAUAUACAUCUUCAUGCUCCCAAAGCUAACCGACGAUGGUAACAGCAUAGCUGUCAUGAGAAUCGCAUCCGAAAAUUCCAACAUCCUCGAAUUAGAUCCGUACAUGAUCUUCGCCCAUAUGUACAACGUAGUAGAAGUCCGACUACAUGAAGAUGUCGCCUUGGGUGACAUUUGCAUCUACGAUAUGGCUUAUUUUCCGAUCCGGCAGAUCGCCAGGUUGAAUCCGGUGUUGAUGAGAAAAGGAACCAUUCCUUUAGAAAAAAUAUAUAGUUCCAGAGUAAAAGCAAUCCACAUCCUACAUGCACCAGGAUAUGCGGAACCUCUGAUAAAAUUGAUAAAGCAACUAUUGAAUCCAAAGUUGGCAGAAAGGGUAAGUGAUAUCCCAUGAGUUGCUAAUUGCAAUACUGAUGUGUAAUAUUUUUAGAUUCACAUUCAUGAUUCGGUAGAUGGUCUCAAGAAAUUUUUGCCGAAUAACGUCUUACCAAAGGAUUAUGGAGGUGACUUACCACCUCUACAAGAAAUCAAUGAAUCGUGGAUGAAAGCCUUUGAAAAGUACUCGGAUAGGUUUGAUACGAUUGCAAAACUGAAGGUGAACGAGCAACUGAGGCCUGAACCGCUAGUAAACGACGACAUACUGGGCGUGUAUGGCAAUUUCAAGAAACUGAACGUCGACUGAAUGGAACAAAACCAAUUUGUAUGAAAAUAUAUACAUCUAGCAAAUUAGACAGACUUUAAAUGUUCGUUAUACUCAACAUCCUUACUCUCCUGCGGAGACACGUUACACUUUGUUAUCGUUUGUUACAUAUAGUCGAAGUCACGAAAUAUCACGAUUACGUCAUCAUUUUAGUCUGUAGCAAAGACUAACGACAACGAUAUGUGAAUAUUUUUAAUGAAGUUUCAAAUAUGUUAGAAAGAGACAAACAGAAUUUUAUUGUCUAAACAAACUGUAUUGCUAAGUCGCAUGUAUCCGAUAAAGAUAGACGAUGUUUUCAUGUUGCAUGAUCGAUCAUAUUUGAAAAAUGAAUAGUUAGGUUAUGUUAAAGCAAGUUAGGUUGUUUUCGAAUAAUACUUUGGUCUUUGGUGUUCCUGUC